AUGCCAUAUGGAUUAACAAAAUAUUAAAGAGUAAAACAAUAAACUGUCUCGCAGAACUCUUUCAAAUUUAUAAAAGGAAUCUAUAAAAUAUUACAACUUAAAUAGAAUUAGAGUAAAAUCUAUUAAUCAUUAAUCGCAUUUUCACAAAAGGAAAGCAAGUAAGGUAUCUACUUCUUUAUUCAUUAGAUAAGGAUGAAAUCGAAUAAAUUUACAAACUUAUGGCAAAUAUAACCCAAUCUCUUUUGAUGGAACUAUUCAUUAAUUUAUCAAAAAUCUCCUCUUUAAAUACUCAAAACAUAGGAAAAUCAGAAAUCUUUGAAUUAAUUAAGAGAUUAGGAUAGGCUAGUUUUGUUCCUUUUAAUUAGUGCAUCGAAAUUUCAAAAUAGGUUAGGGUUAAGUUUAACAAAAUAGGUUGGUUUUAGGCAAAGUUUUUCUAAGAUAGAUAUUACUCCAAAUUUGAAUCUUUUAUUUAGUUAACUGUAAUUACUUCUGAAAAUUGCAACAAUAUAUCAAAUUUAGGAGUUAAUAUUUAGCUGUUGAUAUAGAUUAAUUUAAAGCUUAUAAAAAUACUAAGAACUAGCUGUGCUUUCAAAGAAAAAAAUUUUCAUAUUAAAGUUACAUAAAAAAAUAAAUGUUGGAAUAGGAAAAAUUUAAUAUUGUUAUGCAAAAAAUAAGCUUGA